UGCCUUCAAAAUAAAAGCCCUGCCGCAAAGCGAAAGAAGUCGGUUGACUAAAUCGUUCUCCUGCUAAAAAGAUCAGGUAUUUACAGUCUGUUUUAGAGGCAGGUGUCCCGGUGAGUUGUUGGUGAGUGUGUCAGUGUGUCCUUGUUGAUUUAUGGCACAGAGAAAGGAGGGUUUUCAGGACAUCCCGUGUUGUUCUUCCUCCUUCCUUCAGCACACUAAACACACUUCAUCAUGUCCAAGUUCAGCGCAGUGGUUUGGCCGAAAGUGAUUUUAUUUGGAGACUCCAUCACGCAGUUUUCAUUCCAAGCCAAUGGCUGGGGCGCAGAGCUGGCCAACAAGCUGGCAAGAAAAUGUGAUGUUGUGAACAGAGGACUGUCUGGCUACAACUCCAGAUGGGCCAAGAUCGUUCUUCCUCGCUUCAUUAGCAGCCAGAACUCAGCAGACAGCAACAUAGCAGCUGUUACCGUCUUCUUCGGAGCCAACGACUGCUCGCUGGAAGACAAGAACCCUCAGCAGCACAUCCCUCUGCAGGAAUACUCGGAGAACCUGAAGGAGAUCAGCCGGUUUCUGACGUCAGCCGGCGUCUCGGCAGACAGAGUCAUCUUCAUCACUCCUCCUCCUGUUAACGAGGCAGCCUGGGAGAAAGAGUGCAUCCUCAAAGGUUGCCCUCUCAAUCGCCACAACUCUGUGGCGGGGCAGUAUGCGCAGGCGUGCGUCCAGGCGGCUGCUCAGUGCGGCUCGGACGUCCUGGACCUCUGGACGCUCAUGCAGAAAGGUGGACAGGACUACACCGUCUACCUCUCUGACGGGCUGCAUCUCUCAGACAAAGGAAACCAGUUCGUGUCCGAGCACCUGUGGGGGCUGCUGGAGAGCCGUCUGGCCGAGCUGCCCUUCAUCCUGCCCUACUGGGGCGACGUGGACCCCAAGAGCCCCGAGAGCAGCCUGCUGAGUGACCAGUAACGGAGGACUUUAAUGUGGAUGAUCAUUCCUUUUAACCCUGGACUGCUGUGUGAUUUCUUACUAACGAUUGCGUCAAAUGCAAGAAAAAAUGAGCAAUAAAGAUUUUUUUAUUUUGAGACGUGUGAAGGUAAUGCAAGUGAAGAAGUUAAAAAAAACAAAAGGAAUUCAGUGAUUGACAUUAAUAACACAGAAGCAUCAGGAAUAUACACAUCAUGUGAUCUGUUCACUACGUUCUACAUCCAUCCUGCAGAAUAACGGCUAGCUGCACAAUCUACUGCUUUGUUUUUUUGACCUACAGUGAAAUACGCGUUACAGUUUCAGCAGGUAACAGUGGUCAGACAGCAGGUAUAAAGAGGCGCACGGCUCACAUUUAACCCAGACUAAAGCAUCACUGGAGCAUCCUGCGCUUCGUGAGUGUCAUGUGAUGGUCACCUGAUUAAACCUGCACACAAAUACAUCGGCACGGAGCAGUCAGGCACAAAAUCCAAAGAAAAGGCACCAUAUUGUUUUCAACCACAGCACUACGAGAGGUUUAACAAGAUUACAAAACUUAUUCCUCACUUUAAUUUUCACUUUCUAAAUUCGUUUAACACUAAGGAAACCGCUCCGUCUCCCUCGCACAGGAUUAAAACGCUGCAUCCACAGGAGUUACACAAGCCUGCGAUUU